GAGGCGUAUCAGUGAGUGUAUGUGGGUCUCUCUCUUACCCUCACACACUAGCCGCUCCUCCUCCUACUCUUCUUGGGAUUCCCGUGUCCCUUUCCUCGGUGGCAGGCUCCCCACACCCAGCAGUCACCAUUUCCGCCCCUGGGAGAGCCACGCUGGCAGCACAGCCCCUUCCCCGACUCAGCAUCGGGAGGAAGACCCUGGUGGCGGCUGCCGUUGGGGUCAUGCUGGUCCUGGUGCUGGUGGUCCUCAUCCCCGUGCUGGUCAGCUCCGUGGGCACCGACACCAGCCACUUUGAGAUGCUGGGUACUUGCCGCAUGGUGUGCGACCCCUACCUGAACAAGGGCACCACGGCCAGCAGCACGAGCUCCAGUGGCAUCCAGGCGGAGGCCGAGGCCCUCAGCGACAACAGCAACAUGCCCUCCACGCUGGUGCAGGGCCCCCAGGGCAAGCAAGGUAGGCCAGGUAAACCUGGACCCCCGGGACCACCUGGAGAGCCAGGGCCACCAGGGCCAGUGGGACCCCCUGGAGACAGAGGGUCUGGAGGGAGGACUGGGAUUUUGGGGUUGGGGGGGAACGGAGCUAUCAGCACGGCCACCUACAGCACAGUGCCCCGGGUGGCCUUUUACGCAGGGCUUAAGAACCCCCAUGAAGGCUAUGAGAUCCUCAAGUUUGACGACGUGGUCACCAACCUGGGAAACAACUACGACGGCAUCUCAGGCAAGUUCAUCUGCAGCAUCCCUGGCACCUACUUCUUCAUCUACCAUGUGCUGAUGAGAGGAGGGGAUGGGACCAGUAUGUGGGCAGACCUCUGCAAAAAUGAACAGGUGCGAGCCAGUGCCAUCGCCCAGGACGCUGAUCAGAACUAUGACUACGCCUCCAACAGCGUCAUCCUCCACCUAGACGCAGGCGACGAGGUCUACAUCAAGCUGGACGGGGGCAAGGCUCACGGCGGCAACAACAACAAAUACAGCACCUUCUCUGGGUUCAUCCUCUACGCCGACUGAACCCACGCAAGAGGCACGUCCCAGACAGAAAGACAGAGAAAGAAAAGAAAGUAAGAGAUUGAGAAAAAUAGUUGUAAUGAGGGAAGGAAGGGGUUAAAUGCCGGAAUGCUUUCUAGUUUCCUGGUUCUCUCUAUUGUCACACCAACCUCUGCUUAUAAAACACAUCAUCCCCAAAUCAAGUUUCUCCAGCUCAGCUCAGCCUGCCUGCCUGUCUGCUGUGCUGUGAGGGAGGGAGAACAUGGUAAUAGGGGAGGGAGUAGUGUGGGGGGAAGCUAGGGAAAGAGAGGUGCUUAGCCCUCCUCAUCAGAAUUCUAACCUGUCAGUUGCUCCUUGCUUUCUGAGUAUUCCUCCUCCUCAAACUGGAUAAUAAACCAACUAACGUCAAGUGAAUCAACUAACGUCAAGUGGAUCCGACCUCAUCAUCUUCUCUCCAUAACGGUCGGCUAUAUGGACUCAGUUGACUGAAAUUGUCCUAUCUUGUCGUUAUGUGCUUUUCCUUUUGUAAAAGAUACUACUACAUCGUAUAGUUACACAAAACAGGAUAUUAAAAAGAUGUUUGUCCCUUGUGAGAAAAAAACUAGAUUUUGAGAGAAUGGUUUUGUGAGAUGUUGACUGUGAUUCAGAAGGUGAGCAAUCUAAAAAUCUGAUUAAAAACGCCUUUAGUUGAGAAACGGAAAUUAAAGGUGUCAUUAUAGUUUCUAACGAUAUAUGAUUUGUUGCAUUUGACACCUGGCUAUCACAUGGUGUUUGUUUAUGUGUGAUGUCAGCUGUGGGAACACAGGCUGAAUGUUAUUCAUGCAAAGCAUGUUAUACACAGACAACAUUACAUUUUCCCUUGUCCCAUCCAACGUAUCUAAAGAGAAAACGACACAUAGUCUCUAUCCUUGCCCCUUCUCCCAUCCCUAUACCCCUAUCCUAUUUGUCUAAACAUGGCCAAAGUGGGUUGAAAAUAGACUAAAAUGUAUAUUAGAUGUUCUAGUUAUGUAGAUAUCCUCCACCACCAGAGUCAUUCAAUGAAGCAACAUAUUCAGAUUCUGAGGUAACCUAUUUUAUAAAAACCAGUGUCCAUUACUUCAGCUUCUUCCUCUUGCACUCUGCUGUGGUGAAGUUAAACAUCUAAAGCAGAGCAAUGAGAUGGAGAGAGAGAGGGAGAGAGAGAGAGAGAGAGAGAGAGAGGGAGAGAGAGAGAGAGAGAGAGAGAG